UGAAAGGGCGGCCAAAGUCACGUGACGAGGUGAAACGCGUGUGUGUGUGUCUGUCUCUGCGCCGAGUUGGGGGGAGCGAGAAGCAGGGAAUUCACGGGUGGUUGUGUUCAGUAAGGAAAACGAAAUGCCGAAAGCUAAGAAGUCUAGCAGGAGAAAAAAGUUCGAUUACACCCAGAACCGGAAAAAACUGAAGCUCAAAUUCAAGAAAGCUGCGGCUCCCAGGAUCGAGUGCGCGCAGAUCCGGAAUGCCUGGGAUGACAAGAAGUCGGUGACACAGAACCUGAAAGAAAUGGGUCUGGCUUUUGACCCGAACCGGUCUCUCCCGAUCCAGAAAGCGAAGGUGACCGCAGUGGAGGCAGGCGUUUCGGAAGCGCACAGUACAACGGUGAAGAAACCUUAUGUGCUAAACGAAUUGGCAGCAGAGGCCAGCCUGCCUUCGAAAAACACAAGAACGCUGUCCAGUGACAUGAUCGAGUAUGUACAGUACAUGAUACAGCAGCACAAUGACAACUAUAAGGAAAUGGCAAAGGAUGAAAAGAACUACUACCAGGACACCCCCAAGCAGAUCAAGAGGAAGGUGGAGCUGUACAGACGGUACCACCCGGAGGAGUACGCUGCCUUCAUGGACUCCCUGAGCGACCGGAAGUGACCUCCUGCUUCGCUGGCACCUGGAAGGGCAGAGCUCUGCCUGGAGAAACAUCACAGAGCGAUCUUGCAGAUGGACAGAGACGUGCCGCGCUGAACUACACCUCUGCUCUUUUAAAGCCAAGAUAUUGUAAGUGUAGGUGAUGGAAAGCUGUUUCUUUGAGGUUGUGGUUUCAUCCAGUCAGGACACAGAGAUACACCUCCUGUUUGCUUUCAGCAUUUUUAAUUUGGUUUUCAGUUUUCUUGGUGCACAUUUUAAGUGCAUAGCCCAAGAUAAAAUGACACAAAUCUCUGAAAUAUUAGCCAGUACACACUAUUUGUAAAAGAGAACAUAUAUUAUUGCAUUUAUAAAAUAAAAUGGAAAAAUUAAAAAAAACAUUAUGUACAUUGUGCAUGUUAAGCCAGUCUUGUGUUUUUUCCUGUGAGGUCAAAAAUAUAGUACAUUCACUGCUGUUAACAGUUGCAUACAAAAACAUAAACCAAUGUUUAUAUUUUUUGCCUAAAUACGUGCAAAACACUUGAUUACAAAACUAAAAUAACACCUCUGAAUGUCAUGAUUUGUAAUGUAUAAUUGUCACGCCCUUUCUAGUGAAAUAAUAUAUAAGCACAAAAUAUUGCCAGAAAUGUUAAGAUUUAUCCACUCACACGAAUGAAAAGAACUUUUACAGCUUGAACAUUAAAUUUACAAACACUGACAUUGUAAACUA